UGUACGGUGAGGGAGAGUGUCAAACGUUGAAAAAAAUACUAACGUCAUUUCGGCAGUCCUGCAAUGCAAUGAACUUGAAAUAGAAGACUGAGCUUUUGUCGAGUACUUCAGAUGAAGAUGGACCUCUGGGGCAGUUUUGUAUUGACAGGAGGAGGACUCUUUGUUGUUUACGUGUUGCUGCCCUUCAUAGUGAGGCUGUAUCCUUGGAUUGCACACAAAAUUGUGUUCCUUCACUUUGUGGAACAUCCCAAAGUAGUGUUUAAAGACUUGAAAAAGCCAGAGAGCUUUGGUUUAAAGAAAACCAGAAAUUUCUAUCUUGAUGUUGAUGAAGAGAGUACCAUUGGAGUUUGGCACACUUUACCCAAUGAUGCAGGUGAUCAGAUUGACAAUAAUGAUGAAUGCUGGGAGAAAAAGUUACAAGAAGGACAACCAAUUAUUCUCUAUCUCCAUGGGAACUCUUCUUCAAGAGCUCAGCCUCACAGAGUGGAGUUGAUGAAGUUACUCGCUAAACUAAACUACCAUGUGCUGGCACUGGACUACAGAGGUUUUGGAGAUUCCACCGGUUUCCCAUCAGAGGAUGGUUGUGUUGCUGAUGCCUACUUCUUAUAUAAUUGGAUCAGAAAACGGUCAGCUGAAGUUCCCGUCAUUAUCUGGGGACACUCGCUAGGAACAGGUAUAGGGACAAAACUGACAAAACAACUAUGUGAUAAAGGUGAACCACCAGAUGGGCUCAUUUUACAGGCUCCAUUCACAAAUUUAAAACAUGUCUCAAAACUCCAUCCUUUUUCUGCAUUGUUUAGAUUUCUUCCUUGGUUUGACUGGGCCAUGUUAAGUGCGUUGGAUAGAAUUGGCCUUCAUUUCAAAUCUGAUGAAAAUAUAGCCAGUGUUACAGUUCCUAUAUUGCUUCUUCAUGCUGAGGAUGACUUUACCAUUCCUCAUGAACUCGGUGAACUGCUCCAUGAAGAGGCAAAGAGAGUCCGAGAAAUGACCAGCGGCCAUAUCCACUUUGUGUCUUUUGACAAAAAAUACAAAUAUGGUCAUAAUGGAUUGUAUAGAAGUCCAGAACUCCCUCAACAUAUUAUAAACUUUGUUGCGUCUUUGAAAUUACACACAAAGGUGACAGCAGACAGUGUAUGUUGUGACAGCGAAAUGUUGAAUGAAAAUGUCGAUUCUAGGCAAUAUCAAGAAAAGCACUGUUCUCCAAAGAAGAAUAACCAACCAAAGACGAAGACAAUAAAUGGAAAAACUACGGAAAGACCAGUGUAUGAUACUGUUUUAAAGACAGCCAAGUACCUAGUUCUUUCACUGUUUGUCAUUUACGUGGUGUUUCCUUCAGUUAUGACAUUAUAUCCAAGGAUUCAAGAAAAACUCAUCUUUCUUAACUUUGUGUGUUGGCCACCAUUUAUGGAUGUAACAAAACCAGAGGAAUUGGGAAUAACAGGAGUCAGGAAUUUUUAUCUUGAUGUAGAUGAAGAAAUCAAAAUAGGGGCAUGGCACCUACUUCCAAAAUCCUUAGUUAAAAAUGAAACUAUGGACUUUGAAUCUAAGUUGAACAGUGGUCAUCCUAUUUUCUUGUACCUGCAUGGAUCUACAGGCACCAGAGGAGGGUGGCACAGAGUCCAGUUGAUGAAAUUAUUGACCUCAAUGGAUUAUCAUGUUGUAACCUUAGAUUAUAGAGGUUAUGCUGAUUCCACCGGUCACCCUUCAGAAGAUGGAGUAGUGGCAGAUAGCCAUUUUAUGUAUAGGUGGAUCAAAGAAAGAAGUGGGGCGUCUCAGGUCAUUUUGUGGGGCCAUUCUCUGGGAGCUGCAAUUACAACAAAGCUGGCCAAACAGUUAUGUGAGGAAGGGGAUGACCCACAUGGUGUUAUUUUAGAAUCUCCAUUUAACAAUAUUAGAGAUGCUGCCCUCAGCCAUCCAUUUUCAGCACCAUUUCAGCAUAUAGCAUUCUACAAGAAACUUAUUCUGGACUCUGUAGCCCAAAACAAUGUGUUCUUUACAAGUGAUGAAAAUAUAGCUGCAGUGAAGUCUCCUGUGAUAAUCAUGCAUGCUGAAGAUGAUUUAGUCAUUCCUUAUGAUCUUGGGCUCAAGUUAUAUAAGUCAGCCCAGCAUAAUAGACCUCAGGACAGUAGUCCUUUGCAGUUCAUUCCUCUAAAAGCCUCUUUUGGGUAUGGACAUAAGCAUAUAUUUCAAGCCCCAGAACUACCAGAAAUUAUAAGGAACUUUUUAGGUCUUUCACAGAAGAAAUAACCAUCCUCUAGUUUUUUCCAUGCCUGUCUCUGCUCAACAACUGCAAGUCAUCAGGAUCAAAGUAUUCAAUAAAAUCCAUUGGUACUAUGUUGUAGGUUUCAGUAAAGCUUUGAAUUUUCUCUUAUUAUUAGUUUUCUUCAUAUCUUAUAUUAUUUUAAAUACAUUUACAUGUAUACAUAUUACUUUUUUCUAAAGGCUCCAAUUGUUUUCAGAUUUUAUGAAUCAUUUUCUUUUUCUGUGAGUAAAAUCACAAAAUUUGUAUAGUUUACACUGAGCACAUUUCAGAAGUGUAAACCAAACUUUGCUGUUAAAUGUACUAGCUGUAAACCUUUGUCUUUCAUGAUGAAGUUAUUUUGUUGUUUAGUGUAUGUAUUUAGUGUCAAUUAAAUUGAGAAUGUACAUAGAAGUGUAUAAUUCUCUGUGUGUUGCAGCAUUUUGAGUUGAUUAUGUGUAUAUACUUUUGAAUUGAUGAUUUUAUUUUAAUGUAUUAUCAUUUUGUUUACUUUUAGAUAUGGUUUACUUUUAUAUGCACGUAGGGCAAUUCAUUCUUAAUAAUUCAAUCCCAUUUAAUUUAAAGUUAAAUGGUCCAUAACUUUGCUGUCAUUUCAGUUUUGCAAAGUUGUUGAUCUUAAAAAAAGUUACUGUGUUUUCAAAAAUAGAGCAAUUUAUUAUUUUCUUGAGUGAGUAAAACCUAGUUAUGGGGUACAUGUAUUUAUCUCUUUUAAAGACUAUAAAUGUCCUCUCCCACAGUUUGAACUUAUUUUAAUAGAAUGAAAUCAAGUUUACAUGUAGAAAAUGUAAAAAAGAUGAAAGGCUACAGGUCCACCUAUUUUAAAAGCUAGUUGAGCUACAUAGACGAGACUUCUGUUUUAACAUGAAUCACAUUGUAACACUUACCAUAAAACACACUAAUAAUGAAAUGCUGGGGAAAUGAAAAAAAAUUGCUUUAAUAUAUGAGUGUUAUUCCUUCAAUCCAUAUGUUCAGACAAUAUAUUUUAAAAUCAAGGGAAAGAUAAUCAUUUUGCUAUAGGCAUCAAAUCAUUACAUGUACAUGUACAAGUGUGUUCACUAUAAGUGUGUUUUACUGUAUAUCUAAUACACUGUUAAAAUUAAAAAAAAAACAACAUAUCACUUUAAAUUGUCUGCAUUUUAUUGAGGAUCUUUUUAAAAUACUUUAAUUUUAUGAACAAAUAUAUCUAGUCAGCCAUUUAUUUAACAAAACUAAAAAUAUAUUACAUGCAGUGCAGAAAUGCCAAAAAGAUGUCACAGUUAUGUCCUAAAACAAAGUUAGACUUCUGGUUUAUAUGUUUUGCUGUCUUAUGACUUUUCAGAUUCAAUAGCAGGUGUAAAUUGUUAUUAAGGUGAGCAUUUUGGCUCCUGACCUUAGGUUAAUGGUCUUCCUUAUUCUGAUCCUAAAUCAUUCGUGGUGACCUAGUGUAUAUAGUUUUCUUAUAGAGUGUUUUUUGUAGCUAGGUAGAUUAUUUUUCUUAUGAUUCAGAAUUUUGUACACUGUAUGUGAGUAUACAUGCAUAAAUCAAAAUCAGUAUUAGAGAUGCCUUUUAAAUUUAAACUUGUGUAUAAUUCCUAAAUCAGUUUGUUCAGAAUUUUUAACUAUAUUAGUAGUAAAACUGUUUUAGCAGUUAAUAAUUAACAAUUAUUAGGUAGCACUGCCUUGUUAAAAAGUUUCGUUUUGAAGCAUUAUGUAUUAUUCAGUAGGGAAUGUACCGAUACACAAACUUUUUUUUUAUUAUUCAAUAUACAAAGCUGAUCUGAGAGAGAACUAAAUGUUAAGUAUAUUUUAGAUCUGUUUAUUUACUUUACUUUAAAGUUAGAUGUUUUUGACUCCAUUAUUUUACAUCUAUAUUUAUUUGUCUGACUGUUGUCAUUUUUUUUACCUCUACAGGAGUAUGAUGUUUCUGUAUGUUUAAUUGUAUAUGAAUACAUGUAUAUACAUUUACUAAUGUUAGUAAUUUAGAUCUGAUUGUAUUUUUUGUGUAAAACAGUGAUGGAACAAGAAUCUUGAGGUUUAGAUUUUGGGGUUAUAUAUAUUGAAGCAUAUGAUCAUUUACUAUCUCCCUAGCAGUGUGUCCUUUUUGGUCACUCUUAGACACCUCAGCAAUGGGCUUACAUAAAAAACAUUAAGCCUUGGAAAAUGAUAUUCCAGGGUCCCACUUUAAUUGAAGUUACUAUGUAUAGUUUAAGAGAUAUUCAGUAUGAAAAAUCUCCCUACUAACAGUAAAGCAGUUUUCUGAAUAUUAUGAAUUAAAACAUACAAACUAUAUUUGAUAAUAGUAAGCCAAGAAAAGAUGUGAAUAUAUGAGUCAUUGGUAUGUAAAGGUCAUUUAUGCAAAGUUCUAAGUCUUCAAUGUAUACUCUUAUAAACCCCAGAAAAAUAUUAAGGUAUUUUGUUGGUGUACUUGACUGAAAUAUAUAUGUAUCUUUAAAGCUUUUUACUGAUCAAUGCAAAUAAGGAUCUUGUCAAUUUUCAAGAGAAAACAUUAAAGGAUGGAAAGUGUU